AUGGCAGCAGCAGCGCUCGAGAACAUCCCUAUAGAGACUGUGCAGCAAAUCGCAUCCUUCCUCAAUUACAAGGACAUCAGAGACCUCUCAUCCACAUGCCGUCCACUUCGAUCAAAUCUGUAUCGCUUGCUAUGGUCCUGUAUCUCGGUCCACGGUGUCAAGAACAUGAUGCGGCCUUGUUAUCACAUCGAUCAAUGGGAUAUGCUGAAACAUCCUGUUUAUCCCCAGUGCCAUGUUUUGAUACCACGAGCGAUCAUGCAGACGCUGCGGACCAUGACCUCCCUCGAGUCGUUGCAUCUUAACGUUUUGAUGCUUUCAGCGCAGCAGGAGGCCGUGGUUCUAGAUCUCCUGCAAGAAAAACCGGGCUUUAAACUCCAACAUUUGACCAUUCGGGUGGGAUUCAAGGUCGCGGAGUCAUUCAUUCUGAAAUGCUCGCAUGAACUGAGAUCCCCGGAUACAGAUGUUUCCAGCAGUGUGUUCAAUGGCCUGCUCUAUCAAUAUCCAUCCUUUCUCGACGAAGAAAAUUAUGGGAUGCCGUCGCUACGCAACAUCAGCAAUGACUUUCCAGCUCUCAAGACUCUCAUCUUUCAUGAGACCAGGGAAUACAAUAUGAAUUCAAGCAAUGCCGACCCGAGACACCGUGCAUUGAAAGAGGUGUGUGUUCUUGUCGAGCCACCUCAGUUCUACCAAUGGAAGAGGGGCCAAGGUAUCACAGUUCGAAGCUUCCACGAGAUGCCUAAUCCUAAUGGGUUCCCAUCUGGAGUUGAGGAAUAG